AUGUUGGCCGCUAGAACUCUUGGAUUUGCCCGUGUGCCGAUGCGCUGCGCCAGCUUCCAGGCUGUCCCAACCAAUGCCGGAAAGACCCCACCAACUCUUGAGCAGUUCGACCCAUUGAACCCAGGAGAGUGGCAACUCGGAGCUGGAGGAAAGAUCCUUCCUCGCCUUCCAGAAGGAACUAAGUGUGGAAAGCUUGUCAUGGGAAAGUAUGGACUCUACGACCCAGUGCUUCGCAAGCGUGUGAACACCUACGCCACUGCCCUUCUUGAAGGAAAGAAAUCUGAGGAGGCUGGACCAUUCGACAGAGCUGUUUCCAACAUCGCUAAGGCUCUUGCUUACACUUCCUUCGCCAUUGGACUCUACAACUUGCUCUCGUUGGCUUACGGAAAGCCACUUCCACCACUCAGCCACGUCAAGGCUCCAGGAUCCUAA